AUGGAGGGCUUCGAUACCACCACCAUGUCGUACCUCGCGACGCCAAUGCUGAUGCAGAACGUGCCUGGACCGGACCAACAGCACAUGGCGAUGCCGAUGAACCCAAUGGAACAGUUUGACCAGCGCUCGGUCUUCGACAACGAGACGUUUGCGAGCGAAGACGCCUUCUCGGUGUCGCAGUAUCAUAUGCAGCACCCAGCACCGCCUCUACGGAGGUUCCCAAGUACCUACGAAGAUCCUUUCUCGGACGUCCACAGCACCUACGAGCAGUCGAUUCACCCACACGAGCAGAACGGCGUGCCAGAGAGCCCCAACAUCGAAAGCAACAACAAGUUACUAAGCUUCUCAUUACCAAGCGUACCAUACACCGUACUCGACCUCGGCAUGGGUAUGCAGCAGAAAGUGCACAUGUCCAUGUCAGCCCAGUUGCAUGGCAUGUUCUUUCUCGCCGAAUCCCCGUGGGCUACAGCUGGCGAUGUCCAACCACCACCUUCAGAGCUAACCUGCUAUCGCCGUAAUCUCUUUCAGAUUACAGGCACAGUCACAUUGCCAAGGAGUAUGCAUGUUCUUCUGACUGAUCACGGUGAACAAAUACCCAUACUUGGCCAGGAGCUCACCAUAUCUGCAACCGAGUCUCUCGAGGGCAACUCGGUUAAAAUUAUCUCGGUGCCGUGGAAGACCCCCGCCACGAGUACGGUACCAAUCGAGGAUAAGACAGAAAAAGAGCCUCCAACAUAUCCUCUGGACUUGUCGACAGGCCAGGACAUGGAUAGCAACUACGUCUCAUUUCCCAUAAGCUGGAAGAGAUUGCAGUUCAGGAUAGCGACCGCUAACAACGGGAGAAGAAAGGAACUGCAACAGCACUUCGUUGUUCGCCUGAAGGUCGUAGCGUCGCUCGCAAACGGCAUGAAGGUCACUCUGUGUGAAAUUCAUUCGAGUGCAAUUAUUGUUCGUGGCAGAAGCCCAAGGAAUUUUCAGUCGCGCAAAGAUAUGCCCAUCAGUGGUGGAACCGCGCAGGCCCGCAAAUCUCACUUACCUCAACAGCCAAGUCGUACGACCACUGGCGACACUGCUCAGACCAGUCAGACUCAAGGGCAAAGCAACAUGACCUCAACCGUGAAAGCGGAGAACACGAUACAGGUCCCAUACGAAUUCGGCACCAUGGAAGUGCCGAUUUCGCCAGAGUUUUCUGACUGGAAAGUACCUGGUGGAGGCGCCAUGACCGCCAUACCGGUGGACCCACCCUCGUCGCAGAUGCCGCACGCGACACCAUAUGCACAAUCUACACCCGAUGUCUCCAGAAGCGUCCCUCCCCCACAAAGAACUUCGAUAGCGCCAGUCACUCUUUCACUCACAGAAGACGAGCCAAAGAAGGCAACCUCGCCUGUAGAGCACGCUAGGAAACGCGCCGCCCCAGCACGGCCCCCAUCGUUCUCCAUCGGCAUCAUCAACAGCCCAGAUGAAAGUGCUGACUUACUCUACGAGUACUUCCCUCUUGGGCUCGAUGACUGGAUGCCACCUGUAGAUGCCGUGUACCGUCCACAUGUUGUUCACCACACAAAUUUGCCCCAGGAUCCGACGUCUCUCGAAAGAAAGAGCAGAUCAAAACGAUACUUCGAAGCCUCGGCCUACUGA